UUUUCUUUUACUUUUUGGGACCAGCUGACACGUUUCUUAAAUGGCUGAGGAGGUUUUAAUUCCACCGUCGGGGAAAAUCACUUCGCACCUCACUGCCUCUUUGCUGGCAGUGGCAUUCCUUACCUCCUUUGGGAGCUCUAUGCUUUAUGGGUACAAUCUGGCUGUGGUAAACUCCCCUGCUGUGUACAUCAAGGACUUCUACAACAAGACAGUGGUGGGACGCAAUGGAACAGGACUCAGUGAGGAGACCCUGACCCUCAUGUACUCUCUGACUGUGUCUGUUUUUGCGGUUGGAGGUCUUCUGGGCUCACUCAUUGUGGGGAUGCUGGUCACACGCUAUGGCAGGAAGGGGACAGUGGUAAACACAACAGUGUUGGUGUUUAUUGCUGCUUUACUCAUGGGCUUUAGCAGGAUAUGUGGGUCACCUGAGAUGAUCAUCAUUGGCCGUUUCAUCACAGGAAUCCACUCAGGCAUCUCUCUAAGUGUGGUACCAAUGUACUUGGGUGAGAUAGCACCAAAGAACUUGAGAGGUUUCCUUGGCCUUGUGCCGAGCAUCUUCAUUGGAACUGGAGUUUUUGUUGCCCAAAUCCUCGGUCUACACGAGCUUCUAGGAAAGGAGGAGCACUGGCCCCUCUUUCUUUCAGUGAUUGCUGUGCCCACUUUCAUCCAGCUGAUGUUGUUGCCAUGGUUCCCAGAGAGUCCUAGGUACCUGCUGAUUGAGAAGCACAACAUCCACGCUACCAUCAGAGUGUGGAGUCCACUGAAGUCUGGGACUGCAAUGACCCAGACUGAGGAAUCUUUGGAAUGUGGAGACUAUGUGGAACGGGCUCUGGCGCUGAAGCGCUCGCACUCACACGCUGACAGCAUAGAGUCUGCUGGCUGCAUGGAGACCUCUGCCCCAGGCUCAGACAGGGAUUAUAUGGACAAACUGUGGUUUGCAGAAGAGAACUGUGCAAAGAAUCAGGUGGAGCACCCUCAACCAGCCAUCCCACUCUCCAGGAGAUUGGUUCCAGAGCCCAAGCUCUAUGUUGAGAUAUGGUUCUACACCAACAGCAUCUUUGAAAAUGCUGGAAUUCCAGCUCCAGAGAUCCAGUAUACCACAGCAGGAACAGGAAUUAUAGAGAUCAUUGCUGGACUCAUUGGGGAAGUAGGAGUGCAUGAAGACUCCGUACAGAAUGGCUCCAAAAAACUGGUGCAUGCAAUGGUGCUAACCAGUGCUAAGCAAGGAAGCAAGUUUAUCAUACUGCCCAUAUGUUAA